UACGCCACGCCGAUCGCGAACGCGAGUCUAGUUCAAAUGUGGCGCGGACAGUUCUGAAACUGUUGCUGGCAGUAGCGGAGUGCGAAUUGUGAACACACCGAAUUAAACGCACGCGAGUGGUUCUAAAAACGAGUUUAAGCCGGACAGUGCUUCAACCGUCAAGGGAGAUAAGAGGCUUUGGCUGCGCACAUACAUUGUAGGUGAUGGCGCGCCAGCAGUGUUGGCUGAUCCUGGCAGCCUGCGCCCUCUCAGCUGUUGUUACUUGGGGAUCGGCGAGAACUGCAAACGAUGACGGAAUCUGCAUCAGGGUGACGCAGUACGUUGCUGGUGAAGGCAAGAGGGCUAUCGAUGGGACUACACUCACUUACUGUGCGAGCGAGAGGGACUGUCGCAAAACAGCCGAUCAGGUCUGCUGUAACGGCUGGAGGCGGGACCCGGAUUCGAAGAAGUUACGCUGCAUCAAGAUCAUCAGUAAUGACUCUGCACUGGAUAUUUAUACUGACCUGGGCAGUGCUGAAGAUUCCAGACCAGUUGGCAGGUUUGAGAAUGCAUUGAAGAAAGAAGCUGGUGUCCAGAAGAACGUGAGACGCCCUCGUGGAUCACCAUCCUCGCCUGAGAACACUUCUCCUGGGAGUCCUCUUGUAAAGAUUGGCCAUAGUGAAGCAAAUGUACCUUCGAAUGGGAGUGUUAAGGUGUCAGGCACAGCUGAUGAUCACUCUGUACAGGAUCGACAACAGGCCUCGCAAAAUGCCUCUCCGGACGUGGCAGCCAAAGGAAAUGGGAAGACUGGAACUGGGGCACUCAAGAGCAAUCAGACCAACUCUCCAGCGAUUCCGGCUGUAGCUAGCAGUGGUACCGGCCACACGUUGACAAAUGGGAAACAGCCAGUAGAGCCUCCGGGAAGUAGUGCCAAUAACACUCAGUCCGAGCCAAAUGCUGCGAGCAGUGCUCAGCUACCUGUCACUGCCACCAGGGAUGCCCCACAUUCCAGUACAGAGAAACAAUCUCGACCCUCCGAAAGCCAUACAGAAGUGACUGGUACUAAACAGGAAUCCUCGAAGAAUGGGCCAUCGUCUGCACAUGAACAGUCGAACACCAUUUCUAGCCAGGUUGAAGAGCCACAUGGCGUUCCACCAGUGGUUGUUCACACUGAACCCAAAAACGACGGUAGCAGUCCCAGCGCUAUUGGCCACUCUGAGGUGGACUCACAGCCAUCUGCCAUGAAGGAACAUAGUGACCAGCAUGGGGACACCACCCAAACGAGAGGCCCAGCAGGACCAGUGAGAAGUUCUGUCGCCACAGCGUCCACUGCUGCCAGCGGCGUGACCACCAGCAUGGCUUCACAACCACCAGUUCCCAUCACAGACCUAACAAUGGCUACCAGUACCUCCAAAGUACAGCCCCAGGGCGGGCAGACUGUCACCAGUCUAUCGAUCAAUCACAGUGCUGACUCAGUAACGACUGCCUCAUCAGUGUCCACUACCCUCAGCGAAAGCAGAGGGUCUGCAAGCCCAUCAGGGCAAAGCAAUAACCAUCCAACUGCCAGUGGUUCUGUAGUCCAUGCACCUAUGCAUAUUGACCAAGACAUCAGUUCCACGAACCAAAGUGCACAAGAUACAGGAGGACCCCUGACACUCACAAGCGAAGAUCUGGCCCAUGGACGUCAUGAGGACACCAUACCAUCGCCAGGCACCUUUCAGUCCACCUCUGCACCACCCACUCCCAUCAGCACCAUCCAUUCCAGUGCAUCCGCCACCACCGCAACCAGCACUAGUGUAUCAGUAUCUGCAGCAGUCAGCACCACCACAACUGGUGCUGCUGCAUCACAGCCACAAGGCUCCAAUGGCACACACGUAGUUGAAAAGGGAACAAUUGACAACAUCGUCCAUGGGGGACCUUCAGCUCCACUUGAAAUCGCUACAACUGCAUCGAAUCAGACCGUCACCCAUGUGGGCACCACUCCUGCAAGUGUUGCCACCAGAACCAGUGUUCCAGUUGUACAGCACCCAAACGUGCAGACAGGUAACAUCAACGAAUACAACGUUACAGUGGAAACCAAGAGCCGCAACGGAAGUAAAACCCAAGGGGCCUCGGCUGGAGAUUCUUCUGCGACUGCCGGUCAACAGGGAGGCACCAGCGCUGCCAACACUACGGAGAAGAACGGCAACGGCACCAGUGUUGCCAAUUGCUCACUCGCUGAACCCCUAAAGAACUGCAGUAACACUAACGAUACCGCCCCCACUGUUACGCCGCAGUCGUCGACGGCGCCACCAGUCGCAAAACCGCUGGGUGACAAGGCUCACGCCGGAACCGCACUGCCAUCUGGCCGCAGCGCGUCGAAAACGGCGAGCGAGGUGACUAUCAGCCUGCUUCUCGUGGCAGCCGUCGCCUUCGUGGUGGCGCUGCUGUACUGGCGCUCACGGCGACGGAGGCGGCGAUACAUAAACUGCGGCACUCGCGAGCCAAAUCUCCACUUCUCAAACCCAGUGUACGACCUGGAGGCAAUGAUGGAACAAACGUCUCUGGUGAAGCUGCAGAAUGCUGCAGACGUCGAAGAUGGCGAUCUCGAAGACUCGGACCGAGACGCGACUUUCCAGAGGAAGUGAGCUUGUGGCAACAGGAACUUGACAUGGAUUGCUAAUACGUGAAACAGGAGAGCAUGUGGACCCAUCAGGCAUCAGAAAUCUGUAGGACCCCACAGUCAGUGCUGUCAUGAAACUUUCUGUCGUGUGUAUUGCUGGCUUUCCUCACAGUCCAUGAGCUGUGUGUCAGUGCAUUGUGAUGCCAGAGUAUUAAGCAUUUAGAUAACUAGUGUCAGAAAUGUAGCUGAAAUAUGGCCCAAUUAGCUACAUCCUCAGUUUUUGUGUAACAGACUGCCUGAUGUCAGUGUGUCGAUGUUACUUUGUGAAGAUUCAAAUUUUUUGUGUUUAAAAUUUGAGAGUGCCCUCCUUAAAGGGGCCAUAUUUUGCAGUUUCACAAGAAACUACAUGUGUGAUUUAUUAAGAAACUGGAUUUAUUACCAGAUGUUCUACAAUAUUUUUCUUGUGUAUGCUGAAAUAAUUUUCAGUUUAGUAAGAUGUUGACAGUUUUGUGUAACAUUUGGGUGAUGCCAAAUGGGAAAUUUUUCACCAUGACAUUUAAGACCAGUUCAUUUCCUACAGCUGCAGAAAGAUUUUUCUUUUUCUCUAUCUCUGUUCUAAAUCUCUUUUAUAGAUUUGUUAUUGUAUAUGUUUCUUUUAUCUUUUAUGACAAAAGACCGUCAUACAUUGCUGAUGUAAUUUCUGAAUUCUAUAAUUUUCUGUGACACAAUAUUCCAACAUUGUGCUGAAUUUUAAGUCAAUUGACAUUCAUUACUAACUAUAACUACUUCUUAAUGGUAGUUUUAUUUUGACAGAAAACAUGAUGUGCUAUUUAUGGCUGUCCUUAAUGUGCUUCUUUACAUGAUUUUUUUUCCAUUAUUAAUCAUAAUUUUCAGCUUGAGAUUGAUUGCUGGGACUCCAGUUGUGUGUAAGGCAUUUCCUACAAAGAACCACCUUGUGUUACUUAUCCAACCAUAAUAUGAUGAUUCCUAAGCUUAUGUUCAAAAUGAUCUAUUUAUUUGAAAAUUCCAUCAUUUUUCUUAUCCAUACAGUAGGAGAAAAAUACUUUGUUCUUUAUUCCUUCAGUGCGCCUAUAGUCCAUCAUUAUCUUUACAUGAACAUUUCUUCUUUUGUUUUGUGGACAACCUUGUCUUCAGAUACAGUACUUGUUGAUGUCCAGUGUACUUUGUUCUGCUACCGUCUCACCUUUGAAUCUUCCAUCACUUUCAGUGAAUCUCGUUACCAGCAACCACUUCUGUACACUAUCUUUGUUUGCCUGGAGUUUCCAACUUAUGUCACCAGGAAUGUUGUCAGUCUGCUCCUGUUAAGACAGAUUGCAUGGCAGAAGUUAGGCAGUCUCUUAUUCCCAAAUGGUGUCCAUCAUUUCUCAGUAUCCAGCAUUUCGCCACCUUCUUAUGCAACGUGACACUUCCUAUCCUAAGACUUUUUGACAGUUUCUCAUUAAAGCUUAUAAAGUUGUCUCAUAUGUAGCCCAGACCCAUCAUUUUUGGACAUGCACAGGACCUGAUAUGAUUGUGACUUGUCUCCCCAUUAUUGUGGUUUCAUAUUGUACACAUCAUUGUGUAUUUCAUUUUUUACACUCUUACAGUUUUUUCUUGUGUUUGACCUCUCCCAUAAGUAUUUCAGUGUUUCGAUAUGUUACAUAUCCCCUGAAUUUUUUUUUAUCUUGGUCACAUAUUUUCUUUUUAGUUAAAAAUUUUGAAUUCCAUUUUAUAAAAGUUUUGGCACAGUUUUCCAUCUUUCUUUCCAUCUGUGGUGGGAAGAUUGGGAGGCCAUUCACAAAAUGUAGAUAAUCGUAUGCCUAGUAUUAUUUUGGGACAUAUGAAAAUUAAUCAGUGUUUACUUUUGCCACUGAUGGUCUCUCUCUCUCUCUCUCUCUCUCUCUCUCUCUCUCUCUCUCUCUCUCUCUUUUAUUUUUAUUUUUAAGGCUCAGUUGAAGAGAAUGGAACGUAGACAUAAUAUAGUCUGAAAUUAUUAUUAAUAAAUGUUGAAUGGACUGGUCAUCUCACAGCCCCCCAAAGUGAUCUUUGACAGAAUCGGACAAUUGCAGGCACAUACCAUAUUCUGAAGAGUUCUGCAACACUGAGACAAACAAGGGUAUUAUCCUAAAUAAACUCAGGCAGCAUAGUCCUGUAAGGUGUGUAACCACACUGUUCUGUGGUAUGACCUAUUGCUUGCAAUCACACAAUAAUAGGUGUUUCCAGUAUGACCAUGAGAAAUUGAGACUGAUCAAAAAUCAGUAUUACUUCACACAUUCUAAAAACAGAAAGCACUGCAAAAUUACAAAACCAGAAAUAAACACUGAUUAAAUAUCAGUUUGCAGUUACUGAUUCUACGACAAAGCCUUCUCUUUCCACAUUCUUUUAUAUGGUCAUAUAAGGUUUAUACUGUUCAAUAUCCCUUUCCUGUCCCCAUUUGUCUGUCAUAUCUCUUGGUAUUGUAGCAUUUCUGUGUUUAACUCAAAGCUUGAGAAGACACUACAAUUUAAUGGAUGUCUUAAUUUACUGAUCUUUUCUUAGACUUUGCCACUCUUUGCAUUAAACCCUGAGAAAACAUGAAAAUUAUGUGACCUUCGAAGUCUGAUUGACUUGUAGUAAUUGGAGACCUAUUACAUAACAUAAAAUACAAUACAUAUCAGUAAAUGACAUGGCAACAGAAUUAGUCGGAUAUGUCAUAAGGGCUGCAAGAAUCACAUUGACCGGCCACUUCUUGUGUAGCAAUCAGAUUGCUGUGAUAAAUUAUGUGCCUUCUGUGCUAAUCUAGUUAGCAAUUUUUGUGCGGUGUGUGCCAACUGAAAAUAAGAUUGUUCUCUGUCUUUGCUUGUGUCUGAAGUUGCUAGAUCUUUUUCACAUAUGGUAGACUGCUGUAUGGCAAUAGCCAUUUGUUGUAAGUUGUCUUGUGUUGUGUUUUUUUCUAGUUUUUCGAUGUUAAUGGCACAGUUUUUGCUGUAAAAGUGUAUUACAAAUAAAUGUGUUUCAGUACUA